GCUCUAUAUUACACAACUCGGCCUAUACGUCUAACGAUUCUAGUUGAAGAAGCUGAUUAAUUAGGUCUUUAUCGGCUGUUGCCAACAUGGCGCAAUCCGACGAGUAUGAUCCUCCUGACAAAUACCUAGCCUUGAUAAUGGCCGGAGAGGGUUUUUUGUAUAAAGGCUCGAUAGAUCCGAUUGUAUGAGAUGGAAUAUAUUCGUUCGAAACAGACAGGUAUAAGAUAGAUACUGAAGCAUUCAAAGAAUAUCUUCUGCUAUAUUCUCACUACCUAUUUACCUUGAACACCACAACUCGUUCUUACAUACCAAACAAUUCACUUCACCAUGAACUACACCAAAACCCAACACACCAAGCCCUACGGCGCCAUCUCCCCUUCCCUCCCACACCUCUCCACGGCGUCCAAAUCCGUCUUCAUCGUCGGCGGCUCCGCCGGCAUCGGCAAAGCCACCGCCCUCGCGUUCCUCGCGUCCGGAUCCCGCCGCAUCGCCCUCACCGGGCGCCGCGAGGCCGUCCUGGCCGCUACCGCGGCAGAGCUCCAGGCUAAAUACGCCGACGCCAGGGUGCUCACGUUCGCGGUGGACGUCGUGGACGAGGCGGGCACGCAAGCGGCGUUUUCCAAAGCCAAGGCCGAGUUCGGCGCCCUCGACGUCGUCGUUAAUGCCGCGGGCGUUCAGACGCUGGUGAAGCCGCUGGCCGAGGCGGAUCUGGAGGCGUGGUGGAAGACUUUCGAGACGGGGGUUAGGGGCGCGGCGGUCGUGGCGAGGGCGGCGGCUGGGUAUGCGAAGCCGGACGCGGUGGUGUUGUACUUGGCAACGGCGGGGGCGCUGUUCCCGGCGAACGGGGGGCUGCCGAUGUCCGGGUAUGCGGCUAGCAAGCUGGCGGCGGUGAAGGUGAUGGAGUAUUUUGGGGCGGAGAAUCCGGGGUUGAGGGUUGUUAGUGUGCAUCCGGGGGUUGUGACGGAGACGGAGGGGGGGAAGAAGAUGGUUGAGGAUUCGGGGAUGGAGUGGCCGAGCGAUGAUAUUAACCUGCCGGCCCAUUUCCUCGUCUGGGCCGCGAGCAAGGAGGCUGAGUUUUUGAAGAAUAAGUUUGUUUUUGCUGCGUGGGAUGUCGAUGAGUUGAAGGCGCGGAAGGAUGAGAUUGCGCAGUCGCCGGAGUUGCUUCUUGGUCUGAACGGGUUCCCUCGUAGUGUAUAAGGAGUGUUGUGUGUCAUGUAUAGUUCGCCAGCUAAGUACACAAUUAUUACCUUAAAAUAAGUGUCGGAGUUCACUACUAGUAAGAUAGCUUGUCAAAUAUGAAUCACUCCUUACACAGAUGAUAGUAUGCAUUUAUUCACUACGUCUUUUAAAAGACACUCUCGUGAGUGUAACAUUUGAAUUGCUCGUAACAGUAUCACCAAGUUAAAGCCACUGGUCGUACAGACUUAAACCGGGAAUAUAUAACAUGCCAGAUAUCUUCUCUUCAUUACUGUACAAACGCGCAAUAUGCUCUGA